CACUGUGGUACAGCCCCUUUAGUCUACAAGAAACGGGGGCGGGGGUAAGACUACAGAGAAGUGGGUCAUUCGCAUAACUUUGUCAUAAUGUGACGCAGAAGUGUUUUGCUUCGACAAAGACCGCCUGUCGUUCGAAGUCACGCUUGAUUGUAAAAAACGGUUAAAUAAAUACAGCAACUAUAAGCUCCUAUGAAUCUCUAGCGACAGAUGAGGGAGGAUUUUCUCUGAAAAACGAGGAUGGUUUAGUUGGGUGUUCUUUUUUCGGUUUCCUGCUGCUGUUGCAGCUGAUGUCGGUAUUUGCCAAACCUCCUUGCACCGUCUGGUCUGAACCGGUUCGGAAAGUGCGCGGUCUCGUGCAGCGUGAGAUCUCACACACUGCACUACGCGCGCCCUCAACACGCCCCGCCUCUUUGUAUUCUGCCGAUACCAUUGGCCACAGGGUUCUGCCAGCCGCCCACACUUUCCGCGUGCUAUGUGGACAACCAGGGCGUUUGUUGGUCGUGAUUGGCUCGCGCCCAUCACAGUACUUUAUUUUGGGGCGUCUCCUUUUUUCUUUCUGCGCACGGGCACGCGAAGAGGUGCCGUCGUAAAGCAAAGCCUGUGCACUUUUCAGCACCAAUACCUCGUGGAUAGCAGCCAUUCAAGCGAAGACAUUCGUCGUUGUGAGUUAAGGGCAAGUUUGUUUUGAUAAGAAGAAGCCACUGUGGUUUCUAACGCUCUCGCAGGGAAACUUAGUUAGUUUUUCAUUCAACAGGAUAGACGUGUACAGCGGCGCAGCUUGAGCUUUGUCUCCUCUGGCGGGGAAAUUUAGCCUAAAGCUUCCCGUCCAUAGACAGAGGCAAGUUUUAUACAGGGGAACUAUUUUUUUAAAUCUAUUAUCGGAUUUGCGCGGUCUAUGUUCGCCAAAGGACCAAACAGCUACAAAUGAAGGCAAAAAGGUGAUUAGAAAAUAUUAAUAUUCGGUCUAGCUAGAAGGGUCAGGACAGCGGCUGAGUCGUGGUCGUGUUUUCAGCCACAGCUCGCACCGUUAGCCGCAGAGGUCUCCAUUGUGUGAGCGUUUCUUGAGCUAUUCCGCUACCGCCUGAACGCCGCGCCUUCACUGCACACCUCCCGUACUCCUAAGUGCAAGAGCUGUGUUCUCCCGGUCUGGUUUUUCGGCCCUUUUUAAAUCCUCUGAACCCAAAAAUGUGCUCUCGGGUUUGGUUCGUGACCGACCAGCGCAUCAGUCAGGAGUAUCCACAAGUCCAGAUCCUCCGGGCACUGAGGGAGCGCUGCGCCGACGAAGAUGUUGAAUUCCGCUAUCUUCUAAUGCAUCAGAUCGUAGUUACGAUCACCGAUGGUCAAUUGGGUCUGCGCGUGGAUCAAGAGUUGGUGACUUCCUAUCCACAGGUGGUGGUGGUGCGAGUGCCUACACCAUGGGUGCAGUCAGAUAGCGAUAUAACUGUACUUCGCCACCUGGAAAAGAUGGGCUGUCGGCUAAUCAAUCGACCUCAGGCCAUUCUCAACUGUGUUAACAAGUUCUGGACCUUCCAGGAGUUGGCGGGCCAUGGUGUGCCUCUUCCUGACACAUUCUCCUAUGGAGGGCAUGACAACUUCCGCAAGAUGAUUGACGAGGCUGAGCCACUGGGAUACCCAGUUGUGGUAAAGAAUGCACGUGGCCAUAGAGGCAAGGCAGUUUUCUUGGCACGUGACAAACACCACCUGACCGACCUUUGCCACCUGAUCCGCCAUGAUACCCCCUACCUGUUUCAGGAGUACGUCAAGGAGUCGCAUGGCCGUGACGUGCGAGUAGUCCUGGUGGGCGGCCGUGUCAUUGGCUCCAUGCUGCGCUGCUCCACCGACGGUCGCAUGCAGAGCAACUGUUCCCUGGGUGGUGUUGGUAAGAUGUGCCCACUCAGUGAACAAGGGAAGCAGCUGGCCAUAGAGGUGUCCAACAUCUUGGGCAUGGAUGUCUGUGGCAUCGACCUCCUGCAGCUCAACGAUGGCUCCUUUGUGGUAUGUGAGGCCAAUGCCAAUGUGGGCUUCAUUGCUUUCGACAAGGCCUGUGGCAUGGACGUUGCAGGCAUCAUCGCCGACUUCGCCCUGUCCAAUCUUCCCAGCCGCCUCAUCCGUAAGAUGUCCUUAUUAUCUGUCGUGUCGAGCACCAGCGAAACCAGCAGUGAGCCCGAAGUGUUGGCGGUCCCCACCGGCGGCGUCUCACUGCCUGAUGCUGUCUGCAACAUGAGUGUGGGCUCUACUUCCAGUGAGAGUGACCCGGAGCUGGCUGAGCCAACUCAAUCCACGCCCACCCCCAUGGUUGACCUUCCUGACCUACCUGAUCCAGCCUACAACUUCAACACUCUCCUCGCCAAUGAAAUCAAGUUAUUGACUGAGUGAGAUUUAGAUAAGUAGAUGCAAACACAAAAAUCAAAUAUUCACAACUACAUGCUUGACAACCAACAUUCCUUAACACAUAUCAAUUCAAAAAGGAUUUACACUCUGGAUGUUAGAUGCAAGUGAAACAGGACUCACAAACACGUCAACAGGAACACAAACCAGAUAACAUUUGUUUUUGUUCUUUUGUUUGUUUCUUUGGUUUUUUUUUUUUGGUUUUUUUUGCAAUUUCCCUUUAAGAUCUGAGGCUGCUCCCCUGAACUUCCCGUCUUUGGACCUGAGUAUCUUGUGACACAAACUUAGUUAACUCUGCUGGAUUUAUCACCUAGUAAACAGUAAAGGUGUGUGGGUGGGUGAAGGAUGCAAUAGGUCUGUCCAUAUGUAUAUAUGGUUAUAAGGAUAAAAGCAUAUACACAUAUAUAUAUCUAUAUAUCUAUAUAUAGAUAUAUAUAUGUGUGUGUGUUUUUUAUUCUCAUAACACGCUUAUUAAACUUUAUUGAAAUGGAUAUCUAAUGAUGACAAGACACUGUCAGUUCUAUGUAGCAAAAAGUUCUCGUGAAGUUACACAACACACAGGAGAGAAUUAACGGCAACGUCACACAGGCAUGGUCACCAGAGAUUAUCCCAUUCUGCGUCACACUAUUCUUGCCAUAUGUUGCAACACCAGCUAAAACUGAAUGUAUCGUGAAUGUAAUACCUGUCUGGUGAACACUUGGAUGUAGGUCAAUUUGUUGUCACGUCAUGUCAUUCUUGCCUUUCAUGUCAACAGAGUUGAGUACAUUCAAAACACAUUUAGUUAUAGUAUUUCUCUUGUAUUCAACUGUGGCCAAAGCUGCUGCUGAACAAAGGAUGUGGUAAAAAAAGAAAAGAAUUAAAAACAACUUAUUUCUAUUGACAUAGAAGUUGUUCACUGUAACUAAGUGAUGUGCAUACGUGUUUAGCCAAUUCUGUUUUUAUAUUUUACAUAUCUGCAUGUAAUCUACAGAUAUAUUCCGGAAUAAUCUUUCAAAUCUGAGGGAAUUGUUUGAAGAGUUAGGACAGGUUUAAGAGAAAAGUACUGCUGUGACAUAUUGCAACUGCCCAAGUGACAAAUUGCUCGUAAUGUUUAAGAUAAUUUAGUCUGUCAAAUGUGAAAUUGUUAUUUUACAACAACAAAAACGAUACAGUUUAAACUGAUACAUACAAAAUAUUGAAGAAACUGGACAAGUAGAAGAAAAAAAAAAAGAGGUGGCAGGUCAAGGUGCAUGUUCUCAGAGUGUCUGGCUUAAGUCUAGGUCUAAGAGUAGCAAGGGUUUAUCACAAGAACGAAGCAAUAAAUCCGGUCCUUUAGGUUAACUUCCUCUUGUUUGGCCUCUGAAGAGUCUGAAAUCUGUUUAAAAUACUACAGUUAAAUUACAGAAUUCCUGUUUAUGGUAUUACACGUGGGAUCAAUACCUUGUUGUUUUAACUGUUAUAACAUAGGAAAACACAGUAUGUCAUUUGACACUGUGUAACAAAUUUCAACAUUGUAACUUUCAUAAAUGGCUUAGCUAGAAGAGGACAGGGACAUUAUGUAUUAUUUUGCACCGUGGGUUUAAGGACUGAAAUUUCAUUGUGCCAUAUGUCCUGUACAUACGGCAUAGUUGACAAUAAAGUUGACGUUGACUUGGAUGUUGUGUUGUUAGCCGCAUGUUGAAUAAGUAGUUUGACUGGUGAAAUUGGCUCAGGUUUGAUGUCUGUAUAUAUCUGUUCGUCAGUCACACAGUAGUGUGCACUGCUAUCUAAGGAAAGGAAUGAGAGUACGUAAGAAUCUACUGAUGACACUGGUUGUUUGGCCACAUUAGUUAUGAACAGAUGGAGGGAAUAUUAGUCCAAUCACUAAAAAUGAAUCUUUCUACUGCGGAGCCACAGGUUCCUGACAUGUGGCCCAGAAACAUCUAAAUUUCAAAGAACAGCUUAGCGAUGUCUGUUACAAAUGAUCCCAAAGGAUUACUUUAAGAUUAGCUGAACUUUUAAUCUUAUGCUGUUAUGGAAACACCGACGGCCAUGAAACAGUGUUAAACUGGUGAGAACCACUUUUUUCUAUGGUUUUCUGUGGACAUUUUUAUCUUGGUUCACACCUGUCUUUCCUUAACAUCCGAACUUUUCACAUCAAUGGUAUGACAUAAAAACCAGACGAGGCCAAAAACACGUAUGCGCACCACCACGCAUAAAAGCCAACCUGCCUGCAACUGUAAUGUUUUUCCUACCACACAGCAGAGUUGUUUUGGCAUCACAGCCCAUCAAUAUAAACAUCCCUUUCUCCAUUACUCCAGCAGGCCGCUUCUGCUUUUGAUCCACACUAUGUCUAGCACUUUAUGAUAAACCGAUGCAUUUUUGUUUUGUUAAAGUUUAGGAAACCGACAGUGUUUCAAACCCAAAACGAUGCCUACAAACAAAAUAUACCUCAAAAAUAGUGACUUCACUGCCACAUUGAACCUGAUAUGCAAACAGAGAAAACAUAUCAGCCAAGAAUCUCAUGGUUUUCAAAUGGCCCUUGAUUUACCAGCUGUUUUUUUUUUGUUUGUUUGUUUUUUUAAAAGUAGUUGUGUAUUUUUAGACCUCUUGUUUUUUAAGCAAUUUGUAAAUAUUUAGAUAAUGAAGUGCAUGCAGAUACAUAGCCAUCCAAACUAGAAUGACUAAAACAAUUCCCAAUUUACAUGUAGAGAAAUAAAUAAGCUAUUGUGGACAAAUGAAUUUGUACAGACAUAGAACACAGAGAAUAAAAAUUUGGUGCUGACUUUUCAGGAUGUUAGUUUUUGCCUUCUUUGCCUUUUCUGUUAUUUUGGUAUGUUACAUAUAAAAAGAUUAAUCUAUAUUUUUACAUUUUCACAAUAGAGAGUAUUUCCUAAAAAACAACAACAGGGAUUUUAGCGGUCAAGCACAAACUCAUACCAAGUCUGAACUGUGCCACAUACCGAUGUCUAUGUGAUUAGGCCUGUAACCCCUUCUGUUGAACACAACUCAGGGAAGCAGCCUUGAUCUCACCCUUGACCCCAGAAAAUAGUAGAAUAAACUCCUCUGAGCUGGACACAUAAAAAAACCCUGACACAGACACAAACAUGAAACAUUGAAUAAGAAGUUUGUAAACUACUGUAUUGGACAAUGUGGUGUAUAUGGGUUACAUGCACUUUUUCUUUGCUAAUUUUAAAUCUAUCUCCUUGGUAAUGUUUUAAUUUAUGAUAUUUUCAAGAAGGAUUGUGUUUGAACUAAUAUUGUUGUUUGUUUUUGUAAGUGAAAUCGCUGUGAAAACCUGACCUUGGAUUUUUUCCUUUUUGUGGCCCAGUUUACUUCAGUAUUUGCUCUCAGUGCUGGCAGACCUAAAUUUAUUUGUUAAACGUACAAUAACAAAGGAAUUCAUUACUGCAGGAAAAAAAGACAAAAGAUGGUAUGACCCCAGGAGCUGACCUCUGGAUCAUACUAAUGAAUAGUUUUAGAAACAAUCAUGUUAAUUACUACGUGUGGGAUGUGUGAAGGGGCUCGACAAGUCAUGGUGUCUGUUUAGGGCAUAAAAUUUAUGCACAUUAAGCAAUGGGAUCUGCCCUUCACCACUACCAAAAAAUGCUUUAAAUCGUAGAAAAACGACAGAACAGAAUUUACUGGUAUCUUACAUUAAGAUUUUUUUUUUAUUUAUUUGUUCUUUUUUAUUUUUAGACAGUUUUUUUUUUUCAGCUAUAAGCACAAAGUAGAGUCACAGCCCAUCCUGCGAACUCUGGGCCGUUGGUUGAUGCUUCUUAGGAUGCACCAAAUCACCAAACUACAAUUAACUUUAAAUUUAAUUUAAUUUUUUUUUUAAUUUGCUGUGCGAUGUUCUUCUCAAAUGAAAACUUGAACGAACAGGGAUCUCUUCGGGCCAGACCAAACAAAAAGGAAAAAAACCUUGUAGAGAGUAGAGUAGAGUAGAGUAGGGCUUUAUUCAUCCCCCUUGGGGGAAACAUACUAGUAGUAGUUGUAGUUGUAGUUGUAGUUAUAUCUAGACUCAGGUGAUCACAGCGUUUCCACCCAGAGAAUAACAAAAUCACAGUGACUGUGGGGUCGUUCAGGUGGAGCCGGCUUUUAUAAUCAACUAUCCUGACAAACAAACUGUGAAAUCUGCCGCCAUCAACCUUCCAGAUGUAGAAGCCCAUUCAACCCUUUUAGACGUGCAGAAGUACAUGCUGUUGUUAUUCUGUUUUGUUUUUGUUUUGUUUUUUGUCCUUUGGAAGUCUGGUAUUGUGGACUGUCAUUGUUUCACAGGUGUAGACGAAAGAUGUCACGUCACUCAAAAGCUGUCAACGUGGGUCAAUUCUUCUCUUACAGCCCAUUUAUCAUCCAUACAUUUUGGGAACAUAUCUUUUCUCGCUACUAAAAUACUUUUUUGUUCUGUAAUUCUCUAAGUAAGGGUCCUGGCUCGGCUGGGUUUCCUAAUGGGUUCUAAGAAAGUUGGUGAGGGAAAGUUGGGUACCACAUACAAAUGACACAAGGACCCACUGAAGUGUGUGUAUGUGUGUGUGCGUGUGUGUAAAUAAUGAUUAAAUAUUUGCUCUAAGUGUAUCAGUGUGUGUGUGGUACUCGACCAGGUCUGGAGUAUAUGUUACAGGAGGACAUCUGGGCUGGUCUCUGUACACAUCAGUACAACAGAGCACGAGGUCACUAUUUAAUUCUUAACUGCUGCUAAUGUGCAUUUGGCUCAGAAAAUUAAAAAAGGGAAUAUAAUGGGAGCCGAGCGUUUCCAUGUUGUUUCUGCCUCUCUGUCUCAACACAUUAAUUUAAAUGCCAAAAAUGAAUAAUUUUUGCUGUAUAAUUCAGUACUAAUAACACUAGCAGUGAGAUGAUUUCAGAAGUAAUUCUUUUUGAUAUGAAUAAUAAAAUGUGUCAGAAUUGUUCACACGUGGGGUUUAACAGAAAAACACAGUGUUUUGGCUCAAGUGAUACUGAUAUGAUGCAAACACUCUGGUGACUCUCUGGUAUAAAUGUUAUAAAUGGUCAUGGCAGUUUAUUGACGGUGAUUUGAAACUGCCAGAUGAAGUUGAGAAAAUACAGUGUGUGUUUUAAAAAGAAGAAACAAAGGUCACCCGAACUCUGUGUCAUUCUGACAGUGUUAUAAAAGUUUGUGUCAUUAACAACAAAGAAAAAGGCAAAAUGUUGUAAAUAUAUAUUCCUCCUUUUUUAGAUUAAAAUAAAGAUGGGUCGUUGAAG